AUGUCCGCUGCUCAAACAAAAGCUACUUUCUCUAUCCAAAACGGCCCUUCCUUCGAGGGUAUAUCUUUCGGCGCAAACAAAUCUAUUGCUGGCGAAACCGUUUUCACCACUUCUCUGGUUGGUUACCCAGAGUCCAUGACUGAUCCUUCCUACCGUGGUCAGAUAUUAGUCUUUACGCAACCCUUGAUUGGUAACUACGGUGUACCAUCCGGCGAAGCCCGUGAUGAAUACAAUUUAUUGAAAUAUUUCGAAUCUCCACAUAUCCAUGUGGUCGGCAUCGUUGUUGCUGAAUAUGCCUAUCAAUAUUCGCAUUGGACCGCUGUUGAAUCUCUGGCACAAUGGUGUCAAAGAGAAGGUGUUGCUGCUAUUACCGGCGUAGACACUCGUGAAUUGGUGCAAUAUUUGAGGGAACAGGGCUCCUCUUUGGGUCGUAUUACUUUGGCCGACCAUGACCCAAUUCCCUACGUGAAUCCCAUGAAAACUAACUUGGUUGCUCAAGUCACGACAAAGAAACCCUUCCAUGUCUCCGCUUUGCCUGGGAAGGCUAAGGCAAAUGUUGCUCUUAUUGACUGUGGUGUCAAGGAGAAUAUCAUCAGAUGCCUAGUCAAAAGAGGUGCCAAUGUGACCGUUUUCCCUUAUGAUUACAGAAUCCAGGAUGUAGCCUCUGAAUUCGACGGUAUUUUCUUAUCCAAUGGGCCAGGCAAUCCAGAACUAUGUCAGGCCACAAUUUCCAACGUCAGAGAAUUACUAAACAAUCCUGCUUAUGACUGUAUCCCUAUCUUUGGUAUUUGUCUUGGCCAUCAGCUCUUGGCCUUAGCCUCUGGUGCUUCCACUCACAAAUUGAAAUAUGGUAAUAGGGCUCAUAAUAUCCCUGCGAUGGAUUUGACCACCGGCCAGUGCCACAUUACAUCUCAAAACCAUGGUUAUGCAGUGGAUCCUGAGACCUUAGCAAAGGAUCUGUGGAAACCUUAUUUCGUUAAUUUGAACGACAAAUCAAACGAAGGCAUGAUACACCUUCAAAGACCUAUUUUCUCUACCCAAUUUCACCCAGAGGCAAAGGGUGGUCCCUUGGAUACAGCCAUUCUUUUUGACAAAUUCUUCGAUAAUAUCGAAACUUACCAGUCGAAAUAUCAAAGAAGAAGUUCGAUUCCGCUAAAAGUAACCCAUAGUACCGAUAAAUCAAAAUUACAGAGUAUGAAUGUUACUAAAUUAGCCAAGGAAAGAGUGUUAUUUUAA